AUGGGCCGCAACAGGAAGGGGCGUCAAUGCGGCGGCUAUGGCUCCAAGAAAGAGCGGUUCGUGCUGCUCCAGCGCUGGCAGCAAGAGGUCAACAAAGUCACGCGCAAGAAUGCGCAGAACCGACACGCACAGCACAAGCUGGAAGACCAGCGGAGACGCACUGCGGCUACUGAGUCCGUACGUCGUCGGGUGCGGGCAGACUUGCUUUCAUCGUGGACGAAUGCACGUCUAAAGGACGAUCGUAGGGAAAAGAGGAAGCGCGAGGGAGCGCUUUCGAUUGCUUCGGAGCUGCAGAAGACGUCGACAGUGGACACGUUCUCGUCGCUACAAGAACGGUGCAUCUACGAGAUCGCGCGGUCGUUUGAUCUCUAUAGCUCUGCGUGCGAGUUCACCCACGCGUUCUUCGCCUCGUGCACGCCAUGGAUGGUCACGCGGCUGGCAGAAAUGGCUACUGCAUUCAAGACAAUGAGCGAUGGGAACGUGCGACUGUUGCUGCUGCAGCCGAUCGAGCAUCUCACUCUCGGCUUUGUCCGUGAGGAAAAGUCAUUGGCACCGUUGUUCACUGAAGGCAACAACGAGCAGCACAUGGCGUGGCAGUCUGUGUCCAUGAACAACCUGGUAGAGCGUGAAGUCGAGUCAUGGGAAGAUCUGGACAGUGACGACGUUGACAUUGUACAGACUGGUGCCGAUGACGUGCGACUGCUGUCUCUGCGUCUCGUGUCGUGUCUUGGACUCUCGAGUCGGUUUCUGACGCAGCUGAUGGACUUCCAUCCGCACCUCGAACAUCUCAAGAUUGUGGAUUGCUUUGACGCAGCAACGACUGAAGAAGGCAUUGCAUUGCUGCACCAGCUCGCCAAGUCGCGGGCGCUCCAGACGCUGCACUUUUCCUGGUGUUGCUGGCUCAAUACGGAGAUCCUUGUCACUUUUGCGUACCAGCUCGUUGAACCGCCUGUGUCUCCGCUUCGAGAGCUUCAUGUGUCCAACUGUUUCGAUGUACUCGGCGACUACGUGCAAGCGGUGUACCACGAGCUUUUGCCCGCGUUAAGUGUAGCCAUCUGA